GUUCUUAUAUCGGUGGCGGCGGCGACGGCCGUGGUUGGUGGUGGCGUGGGGACGGCGACAUGGUGGCCGCGCUGCUCGUGCUGCUGGCGCUUGCGCUGCCCGGCGUGUGCGGAGACUCCGCGGCCGGGGGCGUGGUCUUGACGUCUAUUGCUGACCUGGACUCCAAGAUUAUCCUCACCUGCACCUUGAACAGCAGCACCACUGACGUCACUGGCCACCGCUGGAUGAAAUGGGGCAAGAUGCUGAAGGAGGACGCGCUGCCUGACCUGAACACCAAGUACGAGGUGGAUGUGGACGAGCGCUCGGGCGAGUACGCGUGCAUCUUCCUCCCCCAUCUGGAACUCAGGGCUGACUUGUUCGUGAACGGGCCCCCCAUAAUCAAGGCUGUGAAGAAGUCGGAGAACGUCAACGAGCAGGAGUCGGUCAUUCUGGUCUGCAAGUCAGAGUCAGUCCCCCCGGUCACCAACUGGGUCUGGUACAAGAUGACUGACUCUGGGGGCCAGGUCAUCGCAAAUGGCACCCACAACAAGUUCCUUGUGAGGUCCUCGGAGGCGAAGUCGGAGCUGCAUAUCAGUGACCUGGACAUGCUCUCCGACCCUGGCACAUAUGCGUGCAACGGCACCAGCACCGAGGGCACCGGCCAUGCUGAGAUACUGCUGCGCGUGCGCAGCCGCCUGGCCGCCCUCUGGCCCUUCCUGGGCAUCGUGGCCGAGGUGCUGGUGCUGGUCACCAUCAUCUUCAUCUACGAGAAGCGCCGGAAGCCCGACGACGAGGUCCUCGACGACGAGGACACAGGCUCUGCUCCACUGAAGAGCAGCGGGCACCACGAGAAUGACAAAGGCAAGAAUGUGCGCCAGAGGAACUCCACCUGAGGACCCUUCCCCCCGUGUCUGCAGACUCCACAUCCCCCGUCUCCUGCAGAGAGCCCCUCAUGAAAGCUCGCCAGCUAUAGAACCAGCCACGUACCUUUUUUUGACUAAACUAGGGUUUCCUACAUAUAGAGUACCGUUCCUUAGGUUUUUACUUUUUCCUUUGUGUUUCUCGAGAACCGAGGGAGUCCUGCUGUCCUGAGAAGGCUGGGGCUCUGGGUCACCUAGGGGUGGAGGCAGAGCAUACAAGUCCCUGCCUGUGCGGGGGUCGUGGAUCCUGCGAGGUGGCCAGCGUCCUGCCUGUCUGAAGCCAGUGCUGUCCUGUUGUGCGCUGCACUUUUGUGUUGUUUUCUGAAGUCCACUGGUCUCUGACCUGGGAGAGACUUGAGGUUGGCUCUGACCUCUUGGCCUCUCAUGUCCUACCUGCCACCCUCAGGGUGACCCAUUCAGGGCUCCCAAGUGACCCCUCAACCCUCCUUCCAAUGUCUGCCAUGGGCUGGGCUGUCUGGACAACCAUCCAGGGGGUUCUGCUAGGGAACCUCCCCUGCAGCCGAAGCUCCAAAACUGCAGAAACCCCCUCCCCAGCUCGGUCCUUGGAUGGCAGCCCCCUCUUAACAGCAUCAGGGCUCACGUGGGACCCCCCUCCUCGCCCGCCCCUCAUGAAUAAACACUGGCCCCACCUCA